AAUUCAAGAAUUAACCUAUUUAAACGCCAAAAAUCAUCCCAAUUUAACAUGUAGGUUGUACCACAAAUACUGCGCUUGCAUCAUCAUAUCUUCGGAAAAUAAACCUGUUCCCAAAUCUGAAGGCAGAAUCUCAAAAUCUUCUAAGACACCUGAUCAUGGUGUAGAAAAGAAACCUGCUCCCAAAGCCAAAGGCAUCACUUGUAUAUCCUCUAGGUCAACUGAUUACUUCGCUGGAAUUCCAUAUGAAAAGUCAUUGGGGAAAUUCAUCCCACAAGAUGAGACGGACAAACUGAUAUUGAAGCUAGUUCCAAGGUUACAGGAACUGCAGAAUGAGCUACAUAGUUGGACUCAACGGACAAAUCAGAAGGUUAAGCAGGCUAUUUGUAGGCUUAACAAGGACCAAGGUGAAAUUAAAUCAGUGAGGCAAGAGAAGGAAGAAGCAGAACAGUUCAAAAUGGAGAAGAAAAUCAUGGGGGAGAGCAUCAUGAAGAGGCUGUCUGAGAUAGAGUUUUCCUUGAAUAACACAACUAAUCAGGUUCGGGAUGCUAACUCUAAAGUUCAGAAGCUUGAGGUGGAGCAUUCGUGCUGAAAAUGGAGAUUGAGGUUGCUAAAUUGCAGGCUGCAGCAUCAGCUUCAAGUUGUCAAGAAGCAUUGGAAAGAGAACAGAAAGCACUUAAGGAUGUUCAAUCAUGGGAUACACAAAGGAGCUUGCUUUUAGAGGAGCUUGCAUCAGAGAAGCAGAAGGCAGCUGAGCUGCAAAGGAAAGUGGGCAAGGCUAAAAGAUCCUACAAUCAAAUUAAGAUGCUAUGGAAACGGGAGAGGGUGACAAUGGAGAAAUUUCUUGCACAGGCUGCCUCCAUAAGGAAGGAAAGAGAAUGCCGUGAAGCUGCAGGAAAAGUAGAGGAGGAUAAGUUUAAACUGAAUGCAGAAAAAGAUAUGCAGAAAUGCGGACAGGAGAUUUUAAAAAGCUGAAGAACAAGUUAUCCGAGUUGAAGAUGAAGUUGGAUUCGUCAAAAAUAGCUGUGCUUUGGAGAGACACUGAUGUUGCCAGUGGUCAGUGCUCUUCUGUCAAUGAGACUAUGAGAGGAAUCAGAUUCCAGUUUUCUCUAAAGGGGUGGUUGACAUCAACGAUUAUCCCGGGAGCAGAGGUUUGAAAUGGGAGCGUGAGUGUGUCAUGUGCUUAUCAAAAGAGAAGAUAGUGGUAUUCCUUCCAUGUGCUCAUCAGGUCCUGUGUCAACGGCAAUGAACUCCACCAUAAACAAGGGAUGAAGGAUUGCCCCGUUUGUAGGGCCACAAUUAUUUUUCUGAGCCAAUGGCCAUAUCUCCCUUAACCAUUUUGCUAGACUACUACAGUAGCAAGAGCAGUGACUAAAUAGAUGGUUGAGAAGGUUCUCUAUGGAUGUCCACCCAAACUAACUGUACUUUUUGUUUGCUUUGGGGUCUUUAGGAUUUAUACCGAUAGUUCAAAACUAUGAAAAAGAGGUAAAGAGAAAGAGAGAAAAGUUUAUAGCUCAUAGCCAUAUUGUACAGUUGGUUCUUUUCCUUGAAGUAAUCUAGUUGAGCUUGGCAUUAAAA